AUGGCUGGUAGAGGGAAAGCCAUACAGGCUCGUUCCAAAAGGAAUAGUAAUAGAUUGAAGGGAUUAGAUAGGAUAAGCGAGCUACCAGAUCCUUUGAUAUGUCAGAUUCUUUCUCAUCUCUCCACAAAGGAAACUGUUAGCACAAGCGUCUUAUCCACUAGAUGGAGGAGCCUCUGGCUCUGGGUUCCUAGUUUGGAUCUGAGCUCCGAAAGCUUCCCAGAUUUCAAUACCUUUAAAAGUUUUGGCUACAGGCUCUUCGAUGCCAACAGGGGCUCUUGCAUACACAAAGUCAAGUUAUAUAUUGGUGACAAUAAGUUAUACGGUGACGAUUAUCUCACCUCGUGGAUUGAUGCUUUAGUCAAGCGGAAGAUCCAACAUCUAGACGUUAGAUAUGAUUCAGAGCCUGAAAACUGCGAGAUGCCCCUAAGUUUGUAUACCUGCAAGACACUUGUAUACUUGAAACUCUUUCAGGUGAGCUUCCGUGAUGCCGAGUCAUCAAAGCUUAGCAUCGCCGGCUCAGUUUCCUUACCUUGCCUUAGAACUAUGCAUCUAGAGCUUGUUUUUUAUCCCGAUGAGGCCGCUUUUGAGGGACUCGUCUCGUCCUGUCCCGUCUUGGAGGAACUGACGGUUGUUGGGUGUGAAACUGUUGGUUCAACAGUCUUUCGGGUGUCCUCUAGGUCACUGAAUAAGCUGAAGAUAAACUUGAUGUUUUGUGGUCAUGAGGUUGGUUCACAAGUUGUGAUUGAUGCUCCUCUACUAGGCUUUUUGAGCAUCAUAGAUAACUUGUCAGAGAGAUUUAUAGUAAAGAAUAUACACCCCAAUGCCAAGUUAGAUAUUUGGCUCGCCUUUGGUUUGGGCCAGGGGGAGUUUGAUGAAGCACAUGUUUUAACCAAGACAAGUAUGGUCAGUGAAUUUCUCCCGGGAGUUUCAGGGAUCAAGGAGAUGACCAUAUGGUGGCCCACCUUCAAGGUGAUCUGUCUCUACUCGAAACUUGAACCGGUGCCUCGAUUUCGUAACUUGUCCAUCCUCCAUGCUAAGCUCUACCCAACUGCUAUGAAAUGGUUACCAACGUUUCUCGACAUCUGCCCCAACCUGAAAUCCUUCAUCUUGGUAUGGAUUGGUGAUUAUGAGAAGAUGUAG